UUUGGCUCCUUAGCGAGAGGGCGGGGCUCGCGCUGCUCAGCGUCGCAGAGGAAAGAAAGCGGAGGGGGCGUGCGCGCAUCCUUCUCUCGUGACGCGGGCGCGCGCUCUCCCUCAGGUGCUGGUCUCGUGCACUCCUGCUCUUUUCUUCCGAGGCUGGCAAGAUGGGCCCUCAAGACGCCAAGGCCUCCUCCUUCUCUUCCUCUCCCUUUUCCCGGCCCCGGCUGCUGUUCCUCGCCUUCCUGGCCCUGGGAGCCAUCUGCGAGGCGUCCUCCGUCAGAGCCCGCCAGGCCAGGAAGCCCAAUGUGGUCCUCAUCCUCACCGACGACCAGGACACCCAGCUGGGCGGAAUGACGCCACUGAAAAAGACCAAUGCCCUAAUUGCAGAGAUGGGGAUGACAUUCUCAAAUGCAUAUGUGCCCAGUGCAUUAUGCUGUCCGAGCAGAGCCAGCAUCUUGACAGGGAAGUAUCCACAUAAUCACCAUGUUGUCAAUAACACUUUGGAGGGAAACUGUAGCAGCAAAUCCUGGCAGAAGAUUCAGGAACCAUAUACUUUUCCAGCUAUUUUGAAGUCUGUAUGUGGCUAUCAGACAUUCUUUGCUGGGAAGUAUUUAAAUGAGUAUGGAGCAGAAGAUGCAGGAGGAAUUGGCCAUGUUCCUCCUGGGUGGAGUUUUUGGUAUGCAUUGGAAAAAAAUUCAAAAUAUUACAAUUACACACUUUCAGUAAAUGGAAAACCACGAAGGCAUGGUGGAAAUUACAGUGUUGAUUACCUGACGGAUGUACUGGCCAACAUGUCAUUGGAUUUUCUUGAGUAUAAAUCCAACUUUGAACCAUUCUUUAUGAUGAUAGCAACUCCAGCACCUCACUCACCUUGGGUAGCUGCACCCCAGUAUAAGAAGAACUUUGCAAAUAUCAGUGCUCCAAGAAACAGUAAUUUUAAUAUCCAUGGAAAGGACAAACAUUGGCUCAUCAGGCAAGCAAAGACUCCAAUGACUAACUCAUCAAUACAGUUUCUAGAUGAUGCUUUUAGGAAAAGAUGGCAGACGCUCCUUUCCGUGGAUGAUCUGAUAGAAAAACUUCUGAAGAGGCUGGAAUUUCAUGGAGAAUUGGAUAAUACAUAUAUUUUUUACACAUCAGAUAAUGGCUUUCAUACAGGUCAGUUUUCUUUGCCUAUUGACAAGAGACAGUUGUAUGAGUUUGACAUUAAAGUUCCAUUGCUGGUUCGAGGACCAGGAGUCAAACCCAACCAGACAAACAAGAUGCUUGUGGCAAACAUUGAUUUGGGCCCCACUAUAUUAGAUAUUGCAGGCUAUGAUCUGAAUAAAACACAAAUGGAUGGCAUGUCAUUAUUGCCAUUGUUGAGAGGAGAUGCCAAUGUGACUUGGAGAUCAGAUGUUUUAGUGGAGUAUCAAGGAGAGGGACAUAACAGUACUGAUCCUACCUGUCCUGCUCUUGGGCCUGGUGUCACUCAUUGUUUUCCAGAUUGUGUUUGUGAAGAUGCAUAUAACAACACAUAUGCCUGUGUAAGAACACUAUCAUCUUCAUGGGAUUUGCAGUACUGUGAAUUUGAUGAUCGUGAGGUGUUUGUUGAGGUUUAUAACCUGACUGCCGAUCCACAUCAGAUUACCAAUAUUGCAAAAACAAUAGAUCAAGAAAUCUUAGAAAAGAUGAACUAUCGACUAAUGAUGUUGCAGUCCUGUUCGGGAACAACAUGCCGAACUCCAGGAGUCUUUGAUCACGGGUACAAAUUCAACCCACACCUGAUGUUCAGCAAUCAUGGAAUUCAGACCCGCAGACUUUUUACCCGCUCAUUAUAGUGCUAACCUACUUGGUACAUGUGUCUGUUUUUUCAAAGUGACUGCAAGAAGAUCUGCCUAAUCCACUCUGACUACAUCUGAAUGACUUGAUCAGCUGGCUAUGGGAGAAAAUAACCUCUCAAGCUGGUUGCCACCUUGUGCAAUACAAAUCUGAUUACCACGUUAGUCUCAAAAAGUUUCACCCUGACAUGCAGUAUUAAUUUUUGACACGCAUCGAAUUCCCCGCUUGAUGUAAAUGAAAGACCGAGGCUUAGCUUCUUAAGAGCUUACUACAUGGAGAGGUGGUCGUAUGCUGGACCAGCUAUCUAGGCAGAGGCUACAGACAGCCUUCUCCUAGUUACAGCCAGUACCUAAUAAGCUUUUAAGAGGAUUGGUUGCAUUUGUAUUCUGAAUCUAGUAUAAUUAAGUUAACCAGGGAGGUUGCCAUUCAUUUUCUUCUCAGCUUUUCAGGGCUCAGCUGGAAUCGCUGAUUAGAACUCGUGUGCCUGUUACUGUCAGAUGUUACAUUGGUCUGUUACGUAUAUAAUCAGCUGUAGCAUUCACUUAAAAACCAAGUCAACCCCUAAAAGAGCAUUUCCCUCCAAGAUCAAUGGUACAUUAGCAUCCAUCAUAUUUUUCUACAUUGCAUAGAAGCUAACAGUUUUAAGUGUUACAGUUUGAUUGAACAGUUUGUAUUCUUAAAAGGAAGGUAAUAGCAAACAUCCUACUGUAGUAUAUUCCAGGAAUGAGGUUCUAUUGCCUCACCUCAGAAAGUUGGUUGAGGAUUUAAAACAAGAAAAGCGAACAGGUCUCAGCCUGCAUGAGGAACUCUUCAUAUCAAGAGUAUGGGAAAUCAUUUCUUUGGUAGAGACUUGAAAUUUGAAAAAGCAAUUCAUUCCUUUCCAUUCUUGAUUAUCAUAUGCCUGUUUAUGAAUGUGAUAUUAGCAUUGCAUGGACCUUUAGACAUUAUCAGCAUUUUAAAAUCAGUAUCCAGAAAAUCUGGUUAUUUAUAAUACUGCUUGAUAGAAAUGUGUUUGGAUGCCAGGUCAGUCAUCUCCUGGACGGGUAUGUUUUUGUCACUUGUGCGAUGGCUGUGUACAAGUAGUACACAACCAGCAUAGAAGCUAUUCUGCAGGUUGGGGACCAUUUAUUUUGUAUACAUAUAAGCUGGUUUAUCAUUUAAACAGAAUAUAUACACACAAGAAUAUCUGAGAACUCUUUCCUAAUACAGGUUGUUGUUGUUUUUUACAGUUGUAGGCACUUAAUGUGAGUCAAAAGAAGGAAGUAUUAAUUGACUUUAUUUUCAGAAUGAUCUAAUAAUGCACGCUGUGCCUGUGAACUAGAGAAGGAAAGCUGAGGAUGUAUCAGUUGUGUAGGUUUCAACAGUCAGGCAAGAAAUAAACUUUAGUUUUCAGUUGGACAUAAGCACAUGGAAGUAGGCUGCUGUUUCAAGCCAAUGUAUACAUUUUGGUCUGUUUGACAGAUCUCAUUUGACUGCACCAUUGGAGUAUAUAUACGGGGCAUGAUUUAUAGGAAUGUGCUCACUGUCAACACUGCCUUGCAGCCUGAAUUUUUUUUCUGCUAUAUAAAACUUUUCAUAUACGGAGCCAUUUUAAGACAGAUACAAUAUUGGUAACUGAUUCUCCCAGUCAUAAUUUUGAGGUGAAAUUCCAUGGAAACCUAAAUUGCCCACAUACCACCCUUAAUGUUUGUAUUGGAUUCUAAGGCUGCUUUUCAAAAUAUGUUUACCUAGAUAUGCAAAGUCAUUACAUCAGAUGUUGCGUGUAAUUCAAAGGAGCUUUUCCAUUCAGAAUACCUGCAAAGUAUAUGUUAUCUGACUGAUAUAAAUAUUGAAAGGGAAUUAUACAUGGAGCUUCCUUGUUUAAUGUUAUACUCAGAUAAACGUACCAGUGUUUAAAAUUUGAGGGGAAAUGCCUGUGCAAAUAGAUGCGUGUCAAAAGAAUUCCUCUUGAGCAAGUAUCAGAAUGGGCAUUUGCAAAUAAUGUGAAAGUUUCUUCAGAAGGAGACCAACAAUUUGGGAGGCUAGAUACAUGUUUCUCGGAAGAUAAUAACCACUAGUUGCUUAGGGAUAAAUGAACUUCUGCAUUUUCUUUAGUCUGUCUCAGAAGGAAGUAAUUGUUAUUGUUGCUGUGUAACAUUGACUAGGAUUUGGUGCAAGUGAAAAGGUUCAUCUUGCAAAUUUACAGAUUUGUUAAGACACCUUUGACAAAAGGUGUAAGACUAUUUUUCCUCUUUGGAGACAGUCAAUAGGACCAGGGAAGUGACAGGAGACGGUGAGGAUGUGUGGUUUAAGAUUUGUGAGCAAAAAAAAUGCUUGAACAGGGCCUUACAGUGAAUUCUGAUCUUGUGCAUGAAAGCACAGUAUCUGCAGUCCCCUAUUGAUAAACAUCUUUGCUAGUUUUACUCUUUUAUUCAGAUUUCUCAGACUUUCAUUUUGUAUUACAAUUGCAUCCCUUAUGAUUUACUGUUUACCCAAAUAAUUCAUGUUCUUAUAAAACUAAAAAUGCAUAUCACUUCUACUAUUCUUAGCUAGUUGAGUGUUUUUUGGGAAGGGGGCUUGAUCUAGUCUUCAGGAAAAAGUAAGUUCUUUUCUUUUCUUUCUCCGUGUAUCUUCCAGGGUAACUGCAAAUAGGACCCUGAAUAGUUUGGUAAGCCUAAGUAAUGAGUGAUCUAACUUCUGGUUAUAGAUGCAAGUGGUUCCACUCUUCCCCAAAUAAGUCCAUAGUAUGCUGUGUUAUGUGUAAACUCAAGAGAAGCAUUUAAAGUUAACAAACAAUGCUCCAUGUCUUGUUUAAAAACAUCCAUCCUAUAGAAAGCAAUCAUCCAAGUCAGCGCAAAAUUGUUGACUUUUUCCAUAUCUGAUUUAGUUUCUCUUAAAUAUUAUUACAGCUGAAAGUCACUAAUUCGUUUCUCACAAAUAGCCAAUGCACUUAUGAACAAGGCAAUGUUCAGUUCAGGGAAAGCCUAGAAUUUGUAAGAUGGAACUGAAGAUUGCGCCGAAAUACAUGUCAUGCUUUUCAAUUUUGGUCUUAAAAGGACUUUUUACAUUUUAAAACCAAUUAACUUGUAUCUUAGAAUGGGUUGGUUAAAAAUUAACUUUUAAAUGUUGUUUCCAGAGAGAAAGACAAAUGGAUUUGGGUUUCAUACUCCAAUGAGACCCAUCUCCAAUCCGUGCUGCUGAACACUUAAACUACAAUGGUCCUAAUCACUUUUUUUGCAGAAACUAAGAUUAUAAAUGGUCCUAUCAUAUGUGCUCUAGUCGGCAAGAUCUUUCAUAUCAGUAAUUUACUUGCACUUUACCACAAAAGAGCUAUCCAGUUAUUGGAUACCAACAGAGGCCUUACAGAGUAUUAGUCUUAAAGAAAACAUAGUUGUAUUCACAUAUACAUUAUACACAAAGACUUGCUAGACAGUAACAUGGCAACAAAUCACGCCAUGUCAAAAUGGAUAGGAAUUAAAGUGUGUGACAGACAGGUGUGUACACAACUGCUCUCCACAAUUGAGCAGCUGUAAUGUAACAGAAGUAGCCCUGAGUUGACUUCAGUUCUAAAUUUGAUCUUGUUAUCUGUUUGGUUUUGUCUUGUUUUGAUAACCAGUAAAUAAGUUUUAUUAAUUGAAGUGGAACAUAUAUCUUAGUGAGUUUUUUUUAAGGGUCAAAUGAUGCUUAAAUAAUGCUUCCCUAGACUACAUUAACAUAAGAUGUGUUUCCUAUUUUUUAAAAGGCCCUUUCAAUUGGUCAAAAUGCAGAUUCUUUUUUUUAAAAAACAGCAAAAUUGUCUUGAAAGUCUACAUAUUUGAUGAGGCACAGAGGAAUAGAUAGCUGUUGCACCUAUUUGAUGUAAGAUUUUUAAUGCUUCUGACAGGCACCUUACAUUGGUAUUUGCUUUUUCCAUUUACUGUACAACAGAAAAAGAAAUAUCUAGUAUAAGUAUUGUUCCAAUGCUGCCAGAAGCCAUGAAACUUGUUGGUCGGUCUUCUUCAGUAGUAACUGUAUUUCUGUUCCUGAUGUGUUCUCUCAAAUGCAGUAUGACAAACUGUUCACAUCUGUUUUCUAACUCAUGAAUCAUAGUGUUUUGUUUAGGAAGUGCCCUUUGAAGAACCCUGUAUUAUUGCUGCACUUUUCAGUGAUUAAAAUUCUGUCUACAAGAAA